UCGACUAAAUACGCCGUCCCGAUCAUAUCAAUCGUCCAUAUAUAAUACUAUGACUCGAACCGGUUAUGUGAACCCACAUCGAGAAAGUUAACCUCGGAAGUUGAGCUUUAGCUUGAAUCUCUGUUUCAAGCGUAUUCAAGCGUAUCAUGGUUCCCCAUGGAUACCGAAUAUGGCUAGAAUAGCUUUGCUACCCUGGUUAGUACCCCCGCAAAACUGGUCGAAAUAGCACGAUUAAGGGUCGAUCAAAAGAGGCACGGAAACGUUGAUAUCGGAGACAUAUCAGUAUAGAUUAAUAAUGAGCGAAAGGAUUGGUCGGAGCAUCCGCAAUGCCUAGAAUCCAGAAAUAUCGUAGCUGCCUAUAAAAGGGUGCGAGCGAUGCGUGCACACAUUCUCGUCGAUUUACUACGCACCCAAAACCUUCAUCUUAUACCUAUAUCUAAGUGUAUAUUCCCAAGAUGCCGAAGCCAACAAUCGUGCUAGUCACCGGCUCCUUUGCGCCUCCGGGAUUUUAUGACAACAUACUUGAAAUCAUUACGCAAAGAGGCUAUGAAAUUAAAGCCUUGCAAUUGACUACGGUCGCCCCAAAGGCAGGGCCCAGAAAGGGGCCGGCGGCAACUAUGUACGAUGAUGCUGCCUUAAUCGCCAAAGAAAUAGAAGCCCUCGCGGAUGAGGGUAAAGAUGUCAUUCUCCUUUCCCAUUCCUAUGGGGGUAUCCCGGCUUCUCAGAGCACCAAGGGCCUCACGAAGAAGGAGAGACAAGAGCAAGGCAAAAAGGGGGGUGUCGUCAGGUUCCUGUAUAAGACGGCGCUAGUCCCGGCUCUUGGAAAAUCAUCCACAGAUCUUCUAUCACAACAGCCUCAAAGCAAUCAUAUUGAUUUUGGAGUUGAUGAGAACGGAUACCUCUACUAUGUUGAUCCAUCGGCUGUAGCCGACUCGGUAUUUUCGGAUAUCCCCGAUCGCGCGGAAAGGAUCGUGUGUGUCAACAAGUUCGAGGUUCAUUCAGCUGUCAGUUUCACCAAUGAAUUGACCCACGCUGGGUAUAAAGACGCGCCAGUGUCGUACCUGCUCUGUGAAGAGGAUGAGACUAUCCUACCUAAGUUUCAGAGGCUCGGGAUCGAUACAAUCGAAAGGGAGAGCGGCAACAAAGUCGAUGUUACGUCAAUUAAGGCUGGUCACUGUCCUACCGUCACUAAGCCACAGGAAGUGGUCGACUGGAUUCUACGGGAGACAGCAAGGCAUGAAGAUAUCUAGGUUAAUGUUUGCGUAUCUAAACUAAUAGGUUGAUUCAUUUCCAAUCUACUGACCCGCUGAAUAUUCAAUCACACCCAUCGAUGAAUAUCAGACAUAUAGGGCUUUUGAUCACCUUGAAAAUAGA